ACCAAGGUCCGUCUUAGACGAGAUUUUCCCAAUGAAUGAAAAUUUAAAGGACAUGAUCUUAGACGAGUGGACUGACCCCGAGAGGAGACUAGGGGUAUCUCGGGAAUUCAGAAACCGGUUGUUGUUUGAUCCAGCGGACGUCAAAUUAUUUAACGAGACCCCCAAAAUUGACAUCCAAGUGGCGAAAGUAGUUAAGAAGACUUCCCUCCCAUUUGAGGACUCUUCACAACUACAGGACCCAAUGGAAAGGAAAGCCGACUCUCUCCUAAAGAAAUCCUGGGAGACAGCUAUGUUUGGGGUCAAAACCAACAUAGCCGCAACAUCGGUCGCAAGAUCUAUGUGUUUUUGGCUUAACGAACUAGAAGAACAUAUCAAAAACAAGACUCCUAGGGAGGAAAUAUUGAGCUCUAUCCCACUCCUCAAAUCUGCCACGGCCUUCUUGGCGGAUGCCUCGGCGGAAUCGGUGAGGUUCGCCGCUAAGGAUGCGGCCCUCACCAAUUCCGCAAGGAGAGCUUUGUGGAUGAAAGCCUGGGGAGGGGAUAGAGCAUCAAAAGCAAAACUAUGCUCCAUAGUGUUUUCUGGGGAAUACGUUUUUGGACCCGUAUUAGACUCUAUCCUGGAAAAGGCUGCAGACAAAAAAAAGGGGUUCCCGGAAGAGACCAAAAAGAAGCCCUUUCGUUCCUCCAACUCCCAAACUAGACCCUAUAGGGGCAAAGGAAAGGGGGGUAGGUGGAGUUACCAGAAGGGGGGAAAAGGCAGAGGUUUCCUUCUUAACCCCCAAAAUAAAGAUAAACAAUGACGCCAGAGUAGGGGGAAGACUGCGGA